AUGGCCAUCACAGAACUUGUUUUUCCGCCCCUCAAGAACACCGAGGAGGCGAGAGCUGGCUUCUUCGAGAAGGUCCCCGACUUGAUGAGGCCAAUCUUCCAUAAUGACGGUGGUCCAAUGUCGGUUUCACUGGCUCGAGUGCUUGAAAGCAGCCCAGCUGAUGCCGAAGAUCAUCGCGGAUACAUGGCCGUCAUCACAUGGGAAAGCUUCGAGAAGAUCAAGGAAUUCCUGAAGAAGCCAGAAUUCGCCGAAUUCAAACAGUCUCUGAGUGCUUACAACGAAGGGCCCCCUGUACUCCAGUUCUUUGACGCUGCCCCAGGUGUUGCUGUGGAGAAGACGAUCCAGGGCACCACGCACUUUUUCGUCAUCAAGGCUAUCGGAGACGGCGAACAGGUCCUUCAGGCGAAGAAGCAGUGGGAGAAUGUCACUGCUGCUUUCUCUGGUGUAGCUGGGGAUGGCGUCAAGUUCCAUUAUGGUGAUGGGCUGCAGAACGUCGAGGGCCAGUUCGCCGGGUUUAGCGGAUGGAGCUCGCUCGAGGUCCUUGAGACUGCGCUUGACGACCCCAAGGUCAAGGAGCAGCUGGAUGCUCUGCGAGAGUCUGGCGCGGACAUCUCCACCUUCACUUUGGAACUGAAGCACGUGUUUUGA